AUGUCCCAAGAUAAGACAGCCUCCGCCCUCGAGGCAAACGAGACUGCAGUCUCCCAGCCUGCCGACUCUCAAGAUGGCAUCUCCCAUGAUGCCAACCUCGCGAACUACACCAUUGAGCAGGAGGCCCGUGUGGUUCGCAAGUUGGACUGGAACUUGAUGUCGCUCUUCUUCGUACUAUACAUGUUGGCCUACCUCGACCGUGGUAACAUAGGCAAUGCUCGAAUUGCUGGCAUGGCACAAGAUCUCCAUCUUGAUGGCAAUCGAUACCAGUGGCUGCUCAACAUCUUCUACAUUGCCUACAUCGUCUUCGAAUUCGGUGUCCUAAUGUGGAAGAUCUUUCCUCCUCACCUUGUCGGCGCUAUUGUCGUCUUUGGUUGGGGUUUGAUCGCUACGGUCCAAGCCGGUGUCUACAACUGGAGCGGUGAGAUGGCUUUAAGAUUCUUCCUCGGUGCCUUCGAAGCUUGCUACGGACCAGGUAUCAUCUACCUCCUUUCGUUCUUCUAUCUUCGACAUGAGAUUGGUUUCCGAUGUGGUAUCUUCGCCUCUGCAGCCCCGCUGGCCUCAACAUUCGCAGGUGCUUUGGCCUAUGGCAUCACAAGCGGACAUUCGCACCUUGCAAACUGGCGUCUGCUAUUCCUUGUCGAAGGAUUGCCAACUAUUCUUAUGACUAUCUUUGCCUUCUUCUUUAUCCCCGACUCUGCGGAGAAAGCCAGAUUCUUGACGGCAGAAGAAAAGGAUAUUGUCAAAUCCAGGGCCAUGCGCCAAGUCGGCACCGACGCGAAUGCCAGAAUCGGAGGAUUUAAGAUCACGGACCUUUUGCCGGUACUCACUGACUUGAAGGCAUGGUUGUGUGGGCUGAUGUACUUCUGUGGCAAUGUUACUUACUCCAGUCUGCCCGUUUUCCUCCCGACUAUCCUCCAAGACAUGGGUUACACUGCCAUUAACGCGCAAGGUUUAUCUGCUCCUCCGUCCUUUGCAGCCUUUUUGUUCGCCUUGAUUACGACAUGGGUCGCAGACAAAACUCAGCAGAGAUGCAUUGUCCUUAUGGUUACUUCCAUCGUGGGUGGGGUCGGCUACAUUAUCCUUGCCACCGUUGAGACUGUCGGCGUUCGUUACUUCGCGACCUUCCUGGCAUCGGCUGGAGUCUUCUCUACCAUUCCUAACAUCCUCGGACUCACUUUAAAUAACCAAGGUAGCGAUGCCCGACGUGGAAUGUCCAUCGUUCUCAUCAACGUAGUCGGCCAGUGUGGACCUUUCCUAGGAACCAAUGUUUUUCCUACCAGUGACGGCCCCAGAUUCAUCAAAGGUAUGAGCAUUUGCGCUGCCUUUAUGUUCUUUUCAGCAUUCCUGGCAUUCUCCCAACGUCUACUUUUGAUGUGGGAGAACGUCAAGCUCGACAAAAAGUACGGCACUAUCACUAAGGACAAGACCACCGCAAAGUCGAAGGAGGUUGCUGCGGAAAACUACGGCCCCAACUUCCGAUACGUGCUUUGA